AUGCCCUUCGACAAACAACUCAUACAACUUGGCGGUCUUAUGCCUACUACUCCGACGAACCCCGGCACGUGCUUUACUCUCGAGGCCCUUUCCUACCUUCAAAUCGACCGCCUGGAGUGUAAGGUCACGCCACAAGCCAUGAUGCGUCGCAUUAGAAGGAACACGUGCCCACUUCACCCGUCUACGGUACCCGACCGCUACUUGGAAGGUCUCCGCGUCAUGCGGGAGUGGACCGUGAUCGAAAGUUUGAUUGUGCAUGGUUAUGCCCAUCAGCCACUUCAAGAUUGGAAGCCACCACCUGCUGGCGGUCUGUUCCAUCGCUGUGUUGUCUGUCCAUCAGAGCGAAACCUUCCAAAGGGUUACAAAAGCGACUUGAACUCCUGGGCGUUCUUCUACUCUUUCGUUCACGAUGGGAAUUUCAGUGCACAACAUACGGUCUCUCUCCAACCUGGCAACAACGUACCCAUCUUCCCGGGCACUGGCGCGUUUCAAGAUCCCGAUGAGAUUAAGAAAGAUCUUGCGUCUGUCAAAACCGAUUGCCAGCUCCGCAAGGAGGCGGAACUUCUGUUUGCGAAGGACAAACCCUGCCACAAGCAUGUUGCUGCACAGGUCACGGGAAAGACACGCGACAAGAUUACUGACAUCAAGGGAAUAGGAGCGUGGGCUUGCUCCAGACAUGGCGAGUUCUUGACAGGAGGUACAUGCAACUAUGAUCUUGGGGAAGCGUCUGGCCCUGCCGAUGUCACGCUCAACAACAGCUUCAAGCACAAUACAAACCUCACGCUCGUCGAGCACAUUCAACUGCUGUCCAACCUCUAUGCCCGUCGCACCGGCAUUGUUGAUGGCGAGAUUCUUGAGACACUCUGGAGUGUGCUUAACCAGAUUCUCGAGUUCUGCUGGGGCAUGUCUUUGGCUAACAGGGAGGAAGUCAUCACGAUGUUUGAGUCUGACAGUAAUCAUCAUAAGAACCUUGCCAUGGUUGAUACUCUCGUGAAGAAGUUCAACAAGUACGUUGCGGAGGAAAAGGAGCGAGAGAAGCUGGUUGAUCAGCUUUCACUCUGCACCUCGCCUGAGAACGUAGAGCAGUGGGAAAAAGACAGGCAGGAGUUUGAGUGCGAUCGCAUCAAUGACCCGGAAGCUGCCGAUCGUUUCUUCAAGAACUCACUGGUGCAAGUGCCGUCUAGAAAGGAUACCGAGCUUCGAUUGCUAGAACAGGAAGCUGGCGAUGCCGAGGGGAAGGGGAUAGUGAAGGCCGUUAUUGACGCAGUGGAUCUUCAGGUUGAUCAACUGAAGCUUCAGGCCUUGGAGAAACAGGCCACGGCGCCCUCGGAACGUCGCAACAUUGCAGCUACACGAACAAAGAUACACAACCACGUGAAUAGAUGCAAUGCGGCUAUGGAGGCGGCUCUCGGUGGACCACCCGGCUCCGGAGGGUUGACGGGUGUAAAGCUGACGAAGCUGAUGAAAGAGGAUGAAUGGGAUGAUCCCGACACUCCCGACCCACGCGCUCCCGAGGGACUGGCCGGGGCUCGCGGCCCUCGUCCACGAGUUCUUCGUCCUGGAGCCGAGUUCAGGCCUGUCGAUCUUCCAUCAUCACGGACGGAAGCAUGGCGAGCGCCUGCCCUGACUAGCAGUGACGACGAUGACGUUCAGCUACGACGACGCGCCAUGGAGAUUGAAGCUAGUGUCCUGUUGGCGAGGAUGGACGAAACUUUAGGUCAGCUUCGUACGCUAAUUGUUGAUCAAGCAAACAUAUACCUCCAUCGUAUUCGGUUGCGAAACGGCAAUCACAACCAGGGCUACCACCAGCUCAACCUUGCCUACGCGGACGCUCAGCAACAGGGAAAGGUCGUGCGUGUGCAUGCACAGGUGUACAAUAUCUGUCGCGAGAGGCUCGUCAAACUGCAAUGGGACUCCGCUUCUACGACUGUCGACCGUUUUACCUUCAUCCGCAAGAAAUAUCGUGUUUUGACGGCCGAUGAUCUUCACUGCUCCACCAAAACCUACAGCACAACAGGUACAGCGAGCCGGUUCAAGCUACCAUGGUUCUGGAGGAUGGUGCCUAUGAGCACGACAGAGGACCUAGAGGUGGCGAGAGCACUGGACGAGGAAUUCGUGGCCGAGUUCUUCCGGGUGCGAUGGAUCAACGCUAAAUGCUCCCUGACGUGGUGCAGAGAGGAGUUGAUCAUUCUAAAGUUCGAGAUGCAAAUGUGUUACCUCAGUUACAAGUCGCUCGCUUCCGCCUGGAUGCGCCGAGGUACACGUAUGGCGGGGAGCAGGGCUCAUGUUGCGAUGGCACAUGAAUACGCAGAGCACUGGCUGGAUAUGGCAAAGUAUGCGGAGGGGAAGUUCAACACAUGUCACAAGAAUGUAAUUUCGAAACGUCUUCGUCCCGAGUUCCCAGGCGCAUAA